AUACAUCCAUAGAAAUCAUAGUAUUAAUUUUCCCAAAACAUUAAAAACACUUGGAAUUUGUCUCUUGAUUUCUUCUGUUGUCUCUGUUUCCUUAGUUUCCUCCCUGCAGAAUCCAGCCAAACUCCAAAACUAAAUCUCUCAAAUCCUCUGUUUUUCCUGCUUUUUUGUAAAUUAACAUGGGAGGUUGUGCGACCAAGCCUAAGGUUUUGAAGGGUGAAGAAGGGAAGGCCCCUGUUUCAGCUCCAGCACCUGCUAAGGAGGCAGAGCUUGUUACUCCUGCUGCUGUUACAGAGUCGAGGGAGGUUGCUGUUGUUGCCGGUGGUGGCGAUGCAGUUGUUAAGGUUAAGGAGGAGAUUGUUGAGGUUGAUGACGAACAAGGAGGAAAGCGGCAAUCUCUGAGUAACUUGUUUAAGGAGAAGGAAGGGGAUGAGUUAACAGAAAGUGAUAAGACACCAUUAGAGCCUGUGAAGCAAACAGAAACAGAGAAGGAACAAUCAGAGCCAGUGAAACCAAAAGAACCAGCAGAGGCAGAGAAACAAAACGAGUUCAAACAAGGUCAAGAAGCUGAAAAACCAUCAGUUCCAAUUGAACCAACUGUCAUUCCUGAUUCUGUUGUUACCGUUGAAAAUAUAGAAACAAAGACACCAGUUGAAGAUGCCCCUGCCCCAGCCUCUGUCCCAGCCCCAGCCCCGGUCCCAGUCCCAUCCGCAGCCCCUGAGACUGCCUCCGCGCCAGAGACAGAAACAGAGAAGCAGGUAGAAGAAGCAAAGUGAAGUGCCAGAAAUGAUGUCAGAGUGUGAUAUAACUAAGAGGCCUCAAGGGCUAACAUAAAUACCCCAUUUGUGGGAGUUCUGUUGGGACUGGGAGGAAUGUCUCUGGUUGCAGGGAUAUAUGGAGUAAUUUGGAAUGUUCUAGGCAACUUUGUGAGUGGAGUUAUUUAUGUUGUUCAAUAUAUACAAUCAUUGUCAUUUGGGGUUGUUUAAUAUUGGAUUGUUACCAAAUUUGGAGACACUGGAUUGUCAGGUUUAAUAUAAAGAUCAUAGAUUU